UCUGUGGAAGCAACUACCGACAUAUUUUUUUCUCAUUCUCAAUAUAUGACGUCUAAUAAGGCAAUGCUCUACGAAACUACCGACAUAAACAUUAGACGAAUUUGAAAAUAUCGAAAAGAUGAUCGAUCCUUCAAACAAGACUGAAUCGAACAUCGAUUUAUCGAUCGAGCAUCUCCCAACCCCAGAGGGUGCCUAUCAUGCAGAGAGAAAGAGAGAAAGACUAUGCGCCUGUGUUGGUAUGUAAGUAGCGCGUCGAUUCGACGUGACAUUUAACUUUUGAACCGUUGUCGGAGCUCUGAUCGCAAGGUGUUUUGACACCGGUGUAUUCUCCGUACGUGCCAACGAAUAACGCACGAUGUCAUCGGGCGUCAUAGACAUACUUGUGGAUAUGGGUUUCAGCAUGUCCAAAGCCGAGAAAGCUUUGGAGAUUACCGGCAACAAAGGCGUGGAGCCGGCGAUGGAAUGGCUGUUGGCACAUUCCGACGAGUCCGAGCCAGCGCCUGAACCUACCAUGGCAGAAGGCGCUCCGGCACCGGUCACCGACGCACUGUCUCAGGACAGUGUUGCUGGUGCUACCAGUCAGCAGGUAUCCACCACUGAGACGGCCAAAUCAAUGAAAUGUGAUGUAUGUGGAAAGCUCUUCAAGUCCAACUUAGAGAUAGAAUUUCAUGCUACAAAAUCAGGACAUGACAGAUUCUCUGAAACCACAGAAGAAAAGAAGCCACUCACUGAAGAAGAGAAGAAGGAACAGUUGAAGUUAUUGGAGGAGAAGUUAAGGCAGAAGAGGAAGGAAAGGGAGGAACAGGAAAAGAAGGAUGCAUUUGAGAGAGAAAAGAAUAGGAUACGAUCAGGCAAGGAAAUGUCCGAGGCCAGAAAAAAAUUAGAAGAGUUAGAAAUGAUGAAGCUCUUUGAGGAAAGGAAGCGCGAAAAAGCGGAAGAGAAGGAAGCACGACAGAGAGUCAAAGCACAGAUUGAAGCUGAUAAAGCGGCAAGACGAGCUAAAGCAGCUGCUGAGAGCGGCCAGUUACUUAAUACUGCUCCAGUUCCAGUGCCUGCAACAUCUUCCUCAUCUACAACGCACCAUAGAAAAGAUUACAGUGAAACUAAACUUCAGCUUAGGCUCACUAAUGGGCAAACUCUGAUACAAAAUUUCGGAAGUAAGGAACAACUGUCCGCUGUGAGAUUAUUUAUUGAAAUGAAUAGGACAGAUGGUACUGGUGCUUUUCAAUUAAUGACUACUUUUCCUAAGAAAGUAUUCACAGAAGAGGAUUAUGACACACCGUUGGAUGUAUUAGGCUUGGUUCCCUCGGCAGUCGUGAUUGUUCAGAAGAAGGUGGAAUGAUGUAGCCAAUGAUGCCCUAAUUCAUAACAUCCAAAGUAUUUGGAAGAUGCAAAGGAUCGUCACGAUCUACCUCGCGAAGCUUUCGCGUGUUACCUCGCUAUGAGAUACGAAAUCAAAAUAAAGGAAAAAGAGCCGGAGCCGUACACAGACGGAGUAGUGACUAACUAAAACUAAUAGAGUUAGUAUUUAUUCUCUAAACUGAGAAAGUAUUUAUUAUGUUCAAAUUAGAAUAAUCAUACGCAUAUAUUUCAGUCCUUCAAUGGAACCUCCUCAAUGAUAAUCAAAAAUUGGUCAUUUGAAGAACUAAAACGUGUAUUCUAAUUUGGACAUAAUAAAUACUUCCUCAUUAUAUCUAGAGGACAAAUACUAACUCUAUUAGUUUUAGUUAGUCUUAUUACACUCCAUCUGUGUAUUAGCUUUCAUAGAUCCUUCUUUUAUUUUGAUUUUACUAUGAGAUACGCUCAACGGAUAUGAGAGUCUCACGCUUGAUAUACGCGUAUGAUUGCCUAUAUGUACUUCAUCUAUUAUCCAUUCCAUUGGCCGACGCGAAGCUGCACGAAUCGAUGGCGGCCCGAAGUAAGUAGAACGACAAUUCACAGGCAACGCUGGGACUACGUGUUUUAUCGUACAGCUGUUGCAAAUGAAGAAUGAUUCACUGCGAGCUUAUGAGUCACGAUAAGAAGGAACAAAGGCGCCCCCACGAUGUUUACUGCUCAAUAUUGCUACACUUUAAAGCGGUGAUUAAAGUCGAGUGGCGCGGAUUUUGCACAGAAAAGUGCAGUCCGCUAAUGUUUUCCGGAAGAAUCACCACAUUCUUAUUAUUAAUUUUUUUUAUAAAUGAAAAUUAAUUUAAAAACAACGAUUUGUUUUAAAGUAUUCAAAUAUUAUAUGUAUCUAAAGUAUACCUUGGUCCAAACAGCGCCGCUGUAACCCAGAUCUACGCAUUUCACCGUGGACUCAAGUGUACACGUUCGUAUAAUCAACGUACCUUGCAGAAUUCCUUUACGAUAUUAUAUCGCAAUUGUGACCUUCUUAUAAAAUUGCGACCACUAAUCGCACUAAUGGACAGCCGUGCUGAAUCAGCCAUUAUUACAGUUCCAGAAUUCUUUGGCAAAAACACAAAGGAAUGCGCGUAUCGCUCGCAUAUCGUUCGUAUCGCUCGCGAAACAAAUCGCAGAAACAGGUACGAGUAUUAUUGGCGUGUUUACCAUAAUUGUUUUUAUCAUAAUAAAAUUUUAAUAACUCCGAGAAACGGUGGUGAACGCGACCCGAUCGAGUCACAUCAAUCAGUUAGUAUUUAAAAUAAGUCCUGUGAAAAAGACAAUGUGUGUUUCUGCAGCGGGAGUAUUUUUAUAACUACAAAAAUGGAACGAGGCGUCGGAUGCGUCAUGUGCGUGAGUGGCCUAUAGAUAAUCGUAAACGGCUGCACAGACGUGGCUGUGGAGCGUGCGAUUCCAGGUGCAGGUGUGCAUCGAAGUGGUGCAAAUAGCCUGACCGCGAUUCCGAGAAAAUUACAGAAAAUCGAUCCUGACGAGUACGUCGCGUGGCUUUACUACGACUUCCUAGUGUUAUUAUUAAAUUAUCGAUUCGGUGCACAGUAGUACAUUGAUACCGGGCACAACAGGUGGCAUUAUUAGACCGCGGCUGAAUUAUUCAUGGCAACGUUCGCGUUAGAAAGUUCCUUAAACGCUUGCGCGGAAUUGUGGGCAAGUCUGUCUCAUUCGCGAACUGUAAAUAUUUAUAUUCCAGUCGUCUUCUCGCACUUGGACACGCUUAGAUCCGAGUUCUAAGUUUAGAGUUAAGUUGUUAUUUUUAGUCAAGCAAAUUUAUUAUGAUUAGGAUUCCCCUCCGCGCUCAAUCACGUUGCUAAAAUAACCAGGCCGUUGUGAAGCGGCUUUAGGCCGCGGUCGAGCGAAAAUCCGGCUCACCGGAAGGAAUCAAUACUUCGGGAAAUCGGAUUUCCGCGGUGCAUGAUUUCUUCAACGAUUCAAUCAAGAGUGCCACGUUAAAAAAUCAUUACAUCUCGAAUCGGAAUUUUGGUCUUAUGUUCUAUGAAUCAUUGGUCUUAUGAAUCUUGAAUUCUACAACGCAGUAGGAGCAAAAUAAGUUUAAUUCUAAUAAUACAAUUUUGCUUCUACUUUGAUGAUGUUCGAAAUUUCCCUUUUCACUUUCUUUAGCGUCAAAAUAGGUUAUAAGUUUCAGAAUAUCAAAAUAAGUGUUAAAUAAAAUAGUAAGGCUGAAAGUAAGAUCAAAAUUUCGUCUCGGGAUGACAUUUGGACAAUGUACCCCGAUGAUGAAAACCGCAGAAUAAUAUUCCUGUCUAUAACAGGAUGUGGCAGGCGAUUCGAGGAAAUUGUGAAUAUAAGCAAUUUCACGAACACAUAAAGAAAAUUAUCGACCAAUGAUCAAAGAGCGAUUGACGAGGAAGACUGCAAUUGGCAAUCCUCUAUGAUUGCAGGAAAUGGCGGAAAUAACGACUCUAUUAAGCUCUUGUCUCCGCUUAAAUAUUGUCGCUUUGAUUUUGCGCGGGAUAAAUUCGUCAAGAACGUCUGUUCCGCGUCACACGUAUCUCAGCAGUACAGGAUUGCGUUAUCUCGAAUGUCCCGUUCAUUAUUGUGUUCCGAUAAGAGCGCGGCCAGAAGUGCUUUCGUGAUAUACAACAGAGAGAGAGAGAGAGAGAGAGAGAGAAAGAGAGGGAGAGAUCGCAACGCGUCGUACUGCAGCAUCCCGCCGCGCGGAAAUACGUAUUUCUCUCACGCAACUACCACGCGAGCACUGCACUUUCACUCUGUGGUCAAUGUCACAUCAGAAACCAGUUUGCACUAUUCCGAUUUAUCGCGUAUGCCGGGCGAUGUGUUCGCCCGCUAAAAGCUGGUUCUCAAAUACACGAAGGCGGAAAAUAACUCGAAAGGACCAUCAGCAGUAUCUGCCAAUACUCUCAACCGGUCAGUCACACAUUUGUUCGUGGAAAUCGCCGGUUGAAUCAACAGUGCCUUUUUUAGUUCUCCUGCGCUUUAGAAGAAGAAAAAGAGAAGAGAUAUGUACUUCAAGCGUCGUCUACAAUGAGAACUUAAGCCAUAAAAUUUAAGCUUUAAGUUCUAAGCCGUAAGAAGUUGAUCAAUCACAAGACUUGAUUGAUGUGACUCGAUCGGGUCGCGUUUACCGUUUCUCGGAGUUAUUAAAAUUUUAUUAUGACGAAAACAAUCACACGCCAAUAAUACUUGUUUCUGCGAUUUGUUUCACGAGCGAUACGAACAAUAUGCGCAUUCCUUCACGUUUUCGCCAAAGAAUUCUGGAACUGUAAGAACGGUUGACUCAGCACGGCUGUCCAGCGAGUGCGAUUAGUGGUCGCAAUUUUAUAAGAAGGUCAAUUAUAAGAAAAAUAAUCGACUGUGAUUGACUUGUGAGUGACUUGGGCAAUUUCUUACGGCUUAGAGCUUAAAGUUUAAGUCUUACGGCUUAAAUUCUUAUUGUAGACGACGCUUAACUCUUAGGUUACGAAAAGGUUUCGGAAGGACGCCUAAAAAUAGUUUUUGUACAAUGUAUUUCGAGAAAAAUUUUUAUUAAAAUAUUAAAGAUUGCAAAUAAGUUUUAUUAAAAUAUUAGAGAUUGCAUUUUAUUUAAAUAUUACCUAAUAUUUCUUAUCAUAUUCCUUUCUUAUUUAAUAAAAACAAGAUGGAGUUGGUCGAGGACUUCAUGCAUUGGACUAAUUAGCAUUGGUAAAAAUAACACCGUAGCUUAUAAGAUUAAUUUUCUUAUAAAACCAAUUAGAUCGUUAUGUCGCAUCUGCAAAUGCGAUUCGGAAUCGUGAGGAAGAAUGAAUUAAUGGUCGCCGAUAUCAAUCGCCGAGUUAAUCGUAAGAAUAUUUAUAACGCGCUUUUUUUAACGCACUUUUUUUAUAACGCGCAGAUCAUAAAUGAACACGUAGAAUUGUAAGCACAAUUGAUAGGAAGAUUAUCACCGCAUGCAAUUGGCAUCGCUCGUUGAAUACCGCGACGUGCGCUACGUAUACUUGCACUUUUAAUCGUAGCUAUUUACCACUAGUGAGUUAUUAUGCUUAAUCAUUCCAUAACAUGUCGCUGUCACGUGCAUCAGUGUGAUACGAUUGUGUUCUCCAUGCCUGGCGAACGAUUAUUACCGAUAAUAAAUGUCGUUUAUCAACAUUCGUUCAUGGGUGUGGUGAUUAUGAAGGGGAGAGGACCAAGAAGAGGAGAGAAAGAAAGGGAGAGAACGCGAGAGAUCUGCGAUAUCACGAUAUCUUUCCCUUUCUUCUCUGGUGAACUUUUUCUUUAAACAAACAGGUGGUAAACAGUUCAAUACAAAAUGUCGGGAUGAAGAUUAAAUUGAAUAUGACUGACACAUACGAAAAACAAAAAACUUUGGUUAUAGUCUCGCGAAGGCUUACUCCAUCCGGAAGAGAACACGAAACAACUAGACAAUUUCCUCAUUAGCAUAGAAUCAAGAUUACGUGAAGCCGUGUUUAGUUAUAUAUUUAUCAUACACGAUUAAAGCACGAUUUCGUCAUGCUGAAUAACGUAAUGUCACCUGAGAUAAAAUGCAGUUCAAAGGCAAAGGUAAAAUUCCUUCCUUCAUUGUUAUAUUUCCUAUAAUAACAUGUUAUAUUUCCUAUAAUAACAUCUAUAACGCAAUCUGUUUGCAGUUUAUCUAAGCACUUUUUUAUCAUUAUGUCAAUUAUUACAAUUAUCAAUCAUUAUACUUGGUAAAUACUUAACAAUAUUUAAUUUAGUAAAUACUUAACAAUAUUUAAUUCACAUGAAUAUCAAACUCUAGAUAUUAGAUCUUUUUACGCGUGUAAAUAUCAGCCGUAUGCUUUAUUUAAAUUUCAUAAUUCCAACUUACGUUAAAACUUACUUGAUCACGGAAAACCUAAUUUAUAUUAGUAUACCGCGUAGAAUUGCGAAAUUUUCAUUGAAAUUCCCGCACGAUCGAGUAAUAUCUAUUAAACGCUGAGAAAAAUUUCUCCAGACGUUUUCCAUGCGCGCGCGUAUAGAACAUAUUUAAGAUUAAAAUACAAUGUACCCACGGUCGUAUGUUUAAUUAAUUAGUUGUGUUAAAAGCGAUAUCAGCGAAACGAAUAAUCAUCUCGGUUCUUCGAAUGUCGACGUUCUAUGAAAAAUGCACGACAGCAUGUAGUGUUAUAAGAAUAAAUAAAAUAUGGCAAACACGCGCCGCUUAUUAUAAAAGUGAUGUAACUUUCAUGUAGUAAGCUUCACGUUCUAACAUUCAGACGAUCUCGAAAAAUGAUGUAACCACGUCACGUUAUGCCACUUUGCAUAUUAAAUUGUACACGAGAAAGAAAUAUUAAUUAUAACUGAAUGGAAACCCAGACGAAAAGCUCGCUGGCGAGAAGUUACAUCUCUGUGACCGAAAGCAUUCAUCUGAACAUUCAGCUGCAUUAAAACUCAGUUAAGACAAUUGAGAGUAAUUAACUGAUGAGCAGAAACCUUCUGCAGGAAUCUUUUUGUUCCUACAAUUGAGUUUUCCAUCUAGUCCCCAAGUAACAGAGAAGUCCGUUACACUAACGGAGUUGUUUUCUUCGUGUGCAAUAUAAACGCGUGUCUAUACUUGCAACAAACACGUGUCUAUCAUCUAGAUGGGUACCUAUGAUGGGGAGAAGAAUCGAGGACGAAAAUACUGGUUUCAGUCGUACAUGAAGGAUGAGCAUGAUGUGCAUCAGGCAAUUGAGCACGACUAGAUUCAAUAUCGGUAAAAUUUGAAGUAAAAUGUGUACUUACUGU